AUGCGGGGCCGGCUGCUGCGGGUCUGGCGCGAGGCGCUGAAGGCGGCGCGCGGCGCGGCGGGGCGCGCGGGGCCGCCGCCAUGGCGGGUGCUCUUCUUCGGCACCGACCGCUUCGCCGUCACCGCCCUGCGGGCCUUGGAGGCGGCCAGGGAGCCCAGCGAGGCCUCGCUUGUGUCCAGGCUGGAGGUGGUGACCUUGCCCUCCCGGCUGCUCAGGGAGCUGCCUGUGCAGAGCUGUGCCCGGGAGCUCCAGCUGCCUCUUCACGAGUGGCCACACACGGGACCCGUGGGGCAGUUUGAUGUGGCUGUGGUGGCAUCAUUUGGACGUCUCCUCAGUGAGGACCUUAUUCAACAGUUCCCAUAUGGUGUGCUGAAUGUCCAUCCCAGCUGUCUCCCACGAUGGCGCGGUCCUGCACCCAUCGUCCACACGGUGCUUCACGGGGAUCGAGUCACGGGGGUGACGAUUAUGGAAAUAAGACCAAAAAGAUUUGAUGUAGGUCCAAUUAUUAAGCAGGAAGAGUUUGCUGUUCCUCCCCGCUGUACUGCAAAGGAGCUGGAGGUGAUCUUAUCGAAGAUGGGUGCAAACAUGCUGAUAGCAGUUCUGAAAAACUUGCCUGAAAGUCUGAAGAAUAAAAAAGAGCAACCAAAAGAAGGAGUAACCUUUGCUCCUAAAAUAUCUAUAGCCAGAAGCUGUAUAAAAUGGGAAGAGCAAACAGCUGCAGAAGUCAUUCAGCUGCAUCGUGCAAUAGGAAGUAUGUUUCCUCUGCAGACACUCUGGAAGGGUACUACUGUUAAGCUUCUGGAUUUUGUGGAAGUGGAUAGCAUCCCUGGUUUUACUGAUCAAACAUCAAAUGACUGUGGAGCUGUUCCUGGUUCACUACUCUACCAUAAAGCAUCUCAGACACUGGUAGCUCGUUGCAAGGAAGGCUGUGUUGGAAUCAAAACAGUUGUGUUAAAGAAGAAGCUUACGGCAAUUGACUUCUACAACGGAUACAUGCACUCCUGGUUCCAGCACAACUCAAGAGCAGUUCAUGAGGAAUGCAGGUUUCAAACACUCAAACCUAGCACUGCAAAAAAGACUCUGAAGGAGAGGGAAAUAUUGGCAGAGGAUGUAAAACAAUAGAUGGAGUUUAAAAUGUGGAAGAUGCCUGCAAGUGAAUAGUAAUAUCAGAUAUUUCAGUGCCCACCUGUGACAUUCAACGUUGUUAAGGGAUUUGCUCCCAAAGGAACUGACCUGACUCUCAUGUGCAUGCUUUCAUUGUGGGUUCAUGAUGAUACUUGUUCCUUCUUCACCUCUCCUGAGUGCUGAAGAUAGUGAAUAAAUCCCUGUUGCCACUGAUGAGUAAUAAAUUUAUUUUUAUACCAUGUUUUCAGUUUCUUUUUGAGGUCUUUGGGUAUCAUUUUCUUUAAGCACAAGUCAUGCAGAGUUACUGGAAUCUAGAAAUAUUAAA